GUGGCCAGUGGCAGGUGGCCUUACAAGUUCUCCAGACAUUCUCGAGGUUUGCCGUGCUCCCGGAUGCGAUCAGCACAAGCGCAGCCAUAAGUGCAUGUGCAAAACAGGGUCAGUGGCGCACGGCUUUGCAGCUCUUGGUGGCUUCUUGGGCUCGUCUGCCUCUCGAUGAUAUCUGCUUCAACGCGGCCAUCAGCGCCUGUGCCACGGCGGGGGAGUGGCA